UUACACAACCCUAAUUCUGUCCAAUCAGGAGCGAAGCCGCCUGCGCAGAACGCUUAGCGCCAGAAUCGGCGGGAUGGACAAAAAAAUAUCUAUAACGCCAUGCAGACGUACAGAAGCUCAACAUUAUGAGGGGAAGGUGCAGUAGCAGCGACAGUAUCUUUAAGAGUUUAACGUUGGUCGGGACAUUAUUGUUUUUUUAGACCUCAUUUGUAAGGGACACGGAUAAAACGAGCGACCGUUUGUGAGCGUUUUAUUCAAAGAGAUGGUAUCCGCGGGGAAAACUGCUGUUACAGAGUGUAAUGUUGUGAAUUGUGCGUGAAGUUAGCUAGCUGGUUAGCCGAACACCAUGUCGCCGCUUUUUUAGAGGACGUCGCUAAUGACCAACAAGCAGUUUUAUGGAGAGACACCUGUUCAUGCGCUAUUCUAGAGAGCUGCCAAACACAGGUCUGUCUUCGAGAACUUUCGGUUCUGCCGUCGGCUGUUAUGGACACGGUGAAAUCACGCAGUACUGAUGAGGAAGAAGAGCUGGUAUCCACAGAUCCAGAGAGUAAAGAAAAAAGCAAAGAUAAAAAAAGACUGUGCAAAAUAAAGUGGUCACGGGACGAGGAUGAAAAACUGAAAAAACUCGUAGAGCAACACGGAACUGAAUCCUGGAAACUAGUAGCUACUUUUUUCCCUGGGCGGACAGAUGGCCAGUGUCAGCACCGCUGGCAGAAGGUGCUCAACCCCGAGCUGGUGAAAGGACCCUGGACAAAAGAGGAAGAUCAAAAGGUAAUUGACUUGGUGCGCAAAUAUGGCCCUAAGCGCUGGUCCGUGAUCGCAAAGCACCUCCAGGGAAGGAUUGGGAAACAGUGCCGUGAGCGAUGGCACAACCACCUAAACCCCGAAGUGAAGAAGUCUUCGUGGACGCAGGAGGAGGACCGGAUCAUCUACGAAGCUCACAAACGCCUCGGCAACCGCUGGGCGGAGAUCUCCAAGCUUCUGCCUGGACGAACAGAUAACUCUAUCAAGAAUCACUGGAAUUCUACCAUGAGAAGAAAGGUGGAGCACGAGGGUUACCUCCAAGAUGGCUGCAAGACUUCUUCUGUAAAGAGGCGCCUAAACCGGCAGUGUCCUCAAUCCACCCCAAAACCCAACCGCAGUCCUGUGGCUCCUGCAGGAUCCAACCAGGUUGCAGACUAUCCGUUUAAUCCUCAGAGUGAACAGACAGUUCCUGAAAAUCCUGCCUUCCCAUCAUCCUGCCUUGAUGAUCCUCACAGGGAACAGAGAAUAAAGGAGCUUGAGCUCCUGCUUAUGUCAGCAGAGAGUGAAGUUCAUCGACAAGUGCAGUGCAGAGGUUUAUGUGAGUCAUACCCAGCCUGGUCAGGCAGUUUACCAGAGGACACUUUGGCAUCUAGUAACAGCAGCCUGGAAGAGCAAGGUGAAAAAGCACCCUGGAGGGGCCCUGAAAUUCCACCAGGCCCUCCGGCACAUCUUCCCGUCUCCCCAAGCAAGUUCCUGGCUGCUGAGGCCAGCGCUGUGCUCUCCAACCUCCAAACCUUCCCAGAGUUUGCAGAAACCAUGGAGCUAAUCGACACGGACGCUGUCACGUGGAGCAGCGUGGCUGGCUUUGACAUGCCGGAGGCGGCGACACCCCCCAGGCACAGUCAGCCAAGCUACAGCACUGUCUUGCAAGAACGGACUGUUUACAAUCCAUUGGAGUUUACACUCGAUGCCGUCUCAGGCCACGACAGGAACUGUGGAGCUCUUGAUUUGGGAGGUGUCUCCUCCCUGACACCCCCCAACACAUCCAAACCCUCCCAGCCAUCCGCAGGGAAGAGGAGAAGAGAGAAGGGGGAAAUUCUGAGUGACAGAAUUUGCUCCUUCUUGGAAAACAUCACAAACUCCCCCAAGAAAACACCAACAAAGUCUCUACCCUUCACCCCAUCAAGAUUCUGCAACAUAUCUGACCAUCUGAAUCUGGAAGACCCCGCCCUCACCUCGACUCCAGUGUGCGGUCAGAGAGGCCUUCUCAACACUCCCAUCCUUAAAGAAACCUCACACAAGAACCAGAAAGAGAAUCAUGGCUCUAGGACACCCAAACUUCAUAAAAAUGCCCCAGUUUCAACCCCAAGGACACCAACGCCCUUCAAAAAGGCUUUGGCAGCCCAGGAGAAAAUGCACGGACCGCUGAAAGUUGAGCCUCAGCCUCUGGCCUUUCUAGAAGAAGACAUUCGAGAGGUGCUAAAGCAGGAGACGGGAACAGACAUCUUCAUCAGAGCAGAUUUCCAGCCAGAACUCAGAGCAUGGAAGCAUCACAUGGACGGCCCUGCAAGAAAAGUGCGUAAAUCUCUUGUGCUCGACGCCUGGGACAAAGACAGCUUUGAUGUCCGACUGUUCCAGGAACAGCUCAACAAUGCACAGCUGGCAGAGGAAAGUUUACUGACGAGCUCUUCACUGGUCACCUCCAUCACUGAGCAGGAGGAGGAGAGCCACUCUUUGACCUCUGAGACAGACGAGUCCUCCUUAGGGGUUCAUCUUCCUCCCCAACAUCUAACAAGCUUGGAGCAAAAAAAGCUCCCCUCUUCUCUAAAGACGACAAAAACGGCGCCGGUGAGCGAGUGGGAAGCCGUGAUUUAUGGGAAAACGGAGGACCAGCUGAUCAUGACCGAACAGGCUCGUCAGUACCUGACUCCCUUGUCCGGCUCUACCUCGAGGGCCAUCGUACUCUAAAGCACAGAAGUCCGACAACGAAAACUUCCAGUCCUGUAAGAGACAAUCCAGCACGCAAGAACUCUUCACCGCGGAAAUCCUGCAAGAAGCAACGCUGCUAUGACUGCUUCCCUGCAUAUUUCUACCCUAAAGCCCCGCUCAGAGGUGCUCACGUGCUUCUUUUUGUUUUUAAGACUCUCCUUUAGUGGAUCCAGUCACUACAUUCAAACUGCUCCAGUAGUGGACAAGCUAAAUUCCUACUAGUGGAUUCUCUACUGUUUAAAUGACACAACAUAUUUUUUAAUGCAAGUAAACUUGGUGAACAGAGGGCAAAAACUACACAGAUGCAGCAAACUUUUUAUAAUUUAAAGACACUUCUUAGAUUUUCGACAAAUCAAAAUAGAUAAUUAAAGAAUUCAAAUGUUGUGGUUUUUAUUUAGACAACAGCAAAUCUUUUGUUGCUUUUUUAACUAAAAAUUCUUUUUUUUAUUAAUUUAAGGUGAUUUGAAGGUUUCAUUGAAGGCGCUCUGUGAUGCACUUCUCAGCUGCAGCGCAUCUCUGAGUUCAGUUUUCAUCGGUUGAAUGUAUCUCAAGUGACAGAACCUCAACCAGUUGAAGGGUACCUUAAUGUUUGUAUCUUAUUUAUUUGUCUUGACAAUUCUAAAGCUUAGAUAUUAAUAUAAAUUGGACACUGAGAGAUACUUUUGGCCUAAAUUGGCUUAAAAACUCACUUUUCUGAAGGAAUAACAUUGAACGACCACCUUUACUUUGAUCAGAUGUUUCAAGAGUUGUUUCCUUUUAUGGGUGUUUGGUUCCGAAGGAUUUUAGUUAUGAGUGAAGGGUUUAGGUUUUAUUUAUUUAAUAUCUACUAAUUUAUUUAUUUCUUAAAACAUUUAAGAGAAAUUAUUGAAGAUUUUUAUUAUUUUUCCUCUUUCAGAAUCAGGAUUGGGCUCUUUUCUCCGAGUCAAAAAACAAAAAAACAUGCACUGUCAGUCAUUUCAUAAGAGUUUCUCUUGCUUAUCAGGCAAGAUUUAGCAAAAUAAUCAUUUUCUUGUAACAUAUAGAUAGGAUUUUUAUCCCCUUUAAUUGAAAUGCUUUCCUUGCUUUUAGGUAGCAAAAUUCCAUCUUCAACCUCUAAUCAUAGACAAAUUGCACUUUUUUUACUCAUUUUUUUAUCACAAUGUAGCUCUUGUGUGUGUUUUAGGAGAAUGUUUUCCUAACAUGAGUGUUGUGCUGCUUUAUUUGUAUUAUACUUGUUUUAGUGUGUUCUUUUUUUGCAAAACGUGUGUAUUUUGAAUACACUACAUAAAAAAAACUUUGCAAUAAGCUCUAAAGAGGACUGGCUGUGUAAGAACAGCGUUAUCACAGCAGCCAGGCUCUCCCGUGUUUCCUGCUGAACCUCCUCUAAGUCCUCCUCUCUGCUCUCUCCAGAAUGAGGCCUCAACAGGAGGUGGAUUGCACUGUCUUCUGUGUUUAUGACACUGUUCUUGAAGCAAACUUUCCAUAAUCUGCACUAUAGCUGCAUUAGUGUAGUCUGGAUUAUCCUGGAUUAAGCCGUGGAGUGAGGAAAAGAAGGGAAUCUCGUAAAGGACAUCAAGUCGAAAGAUCAGGAGUAUUUGGUACAGGCAGAUUUAGGUUGAAUUUGGGGGAUCUGGGUGUGUAACCUGUAUAUACUUGUGUGUAUAUUCCAUCUAUAAAGUCCAGGACUAUGUAACAAAACCAUAGGAUUUAAAGGAAUUAAGUACCAUAUACAGGAUAUAGUUGCAAACACUACUGUAGUCAUGUAUAACGAUACUGGAUGAUGAACUACAGAUGUAACACUUAUUUAAUUUGAUGUCAUAACUGAGGUACCAUAGCAAUCCUGCCAGCUGUCUUUGUAACCAUCGACUUAAUUUUGAAAAUAAAAAAAUCUAUUGCAUGACA